AUGGAAACAGAAACGGUUCAUACUCCCAGCGAUGUACCUGCCUUCGAUGCGAUGACGACGGUGUUAACAGCGGUACUCGUCUCAAUAAUCGCUUAUUUCGGCAGCGGGCCCCUCCAAGACCUCCUCUUCCAGACGACGUCUACAAAGACAAAGUCAUUGGGGGCAGACAGCGACGAUGAGUCUGAUGUCUCAAGCGACAAAUGCAUUGUAAAAAGACUAGAAGAGGAGGAAAAGAACUGCGUGGUCCUGUUUGGGUCUCAGAGCGGAAACGCACAGGAAUUCGCCGAGAAGCUUGCUCGCGAAGCCCAUACCCGAUUUUCCCUACGCUCAACAGUCGCCGAGAUCGACGACUACACUUACCAGAACUUACACAAGCUGCCUGAGGACACCAUUGUGUUCCUUAUCCUCGCCUCAUAUGGUGACGGAGAGCCCACGGAUAACGCGGAGCAAUUUUACAACUUCUUGAGUAAUGAGGACGAUGAUGGACCAUUUGACAGACUUCGUGAACAUGGCCUUCAGAAUUUGUCAUACGCCGCGUUUGGGUUAGGAAACAGUAGCUACGCGCACUUCAACGCUGUCAUACGCAAAGUCGAUGAGAAACUACAGCUCUGCGGUGCCAGACGCCUCGGUCCUGUUGGCGAAGCCGAUGACGGCAAGGGAACAAACGCCGAAGACUUUAUCGAGUGGAAGGAUAACAUGUGGCCUCAAGUCAUGGAAGCCUUUGGUCUAGUCGAGCAAGAGGCUGGUGAGCGAGAGCCGGCUUUCGAGGUGGUUGAGAUACCGAACCACCAUGGCCCAAUCUUCCAGGCGGACUACACGGACAGGACCCUCGCACAGCAGGCGCAAGCGGUUACAAGCCACUGUUUUGCACCUAUCUCGGAAGCAAGACUGCUUUCAGAUGCUGGUGGUCGGUCCUACAUACAUGUGGAACUGGACAUCAAGGACACCAAGCUUGACUAUCAGACCGGCGACCAUCUCUCUGUUUCUCCCAUCAAUUCCGACGUCGAAGUUGAGCGCUUCUUGAGGGUAUUCGGGCUGUGGGACAAGCGACACGAGACCAUUCGGGUAAGAUCGCUCUCAGAUGACCUGAACCCUCCAUUCCCGUCGCCCUGUAGCUACGAGUCCGCAGCUCGGUUUUACAUCGACAUCUGCGGACCAGUCUCGCGUGAAGUCGUAUCUACCUUUGCGAACUCCGUUUCGGAUGCUAAGCAGAAGACCAAGCUUCGCCAACUCGGCAAGGAUAAGGAGGCAUUCUUGGCUCUUACAGAGGGAACCUUUUACAACAUUGCUUCCAUGAUGGAAGCUAUCUUUCCUGGUGAGACCGUCAAUGUCCCUUUUGCAGUCAUCAUCGAGGCGAUGCCGAAGCUGCAACCCCGAUACUACUCCAUAUCGUCGUCUUCUGCUCUCGAUGCGAACAAAGUAUCUAUCACUGUUGCUAUUGAGUCAUUUCCGAUUCAAAAAACAAAUCGGCACUUCUCAGGCGUUGCGACGAAAUUUAUCUUGGAUGUUGCUUUCGAAGAAAAUGGGGUCAUGUCCAAGAGUCGAGUGCAGCCGAUAACCUACACGUUGCCCACGAAACGACCUCAUCUACAACCCUCUAUCUCAGCCUUUGUCCGGACUUCGACAUUUCGACUACCGUCUGAUCCGACAAUACCCGUGCUCAUGGUUGGCCCUGGCACCGGUGUUGCACCGUUCCGUGGAUUCGUGAGAGAACGCCUCGCGAUGCAUCGACAAGGCAAAGACUUUGCACCCAUGACGCUAUUGUAUGGUUGCCGUAAGAGGACUGAAGACUUCCUGUACGAGGAAGAGUGGAAGGUAAGCUCCCGUUCAGCUCUGCUGGGCUCCAAGUUCGCUAUGUACACGGCAUUCUCACGAGAGCAGAAGAACAAGGUAUACGUUCAAGAUCUCAUCCUCCAGCAAUCAAAGGCGAUAGCUUCUCUGGUCCAGAACGGUGGGCACGUGUAUGUCUGCGGCGACGUGGGCAUGGGACGAGGGGUGACAGAGACGCUUUGCAAGGUCCUUUCUUCUGAGACCAAUGUGUCUUUGGAUGAUGCACAGCGAAUAUUAUCUGACAUGCGACAUUCGCAUCGAUAUCAGGAAGACGUAUGGUAG